AUGGAGUUUCAGAUGUUCAUGCUCAUUUAUAUAAUCUUCUUCCUCAACUCGUUCACUUUCGAGCAGAAGACUAAUGAUGAACUUGUUGUGAGUUAUCAAAGACGUCUUGGAACUGAUUCUGCGAACACUAAAGCUGCAAUUCCAGACCCUUCUCUGUGUAUACGAAGUGUUCGCCUCGAUGUUCAUCGACGUGAUCUACCUGUGGAUGCUGCACCUCACAGCCAUCCAAUCCGGUCUCUCGUUCCUUUCCAUCACUUUCCUCGCACUUUCCGCGUUCGCCAUAUUCGUCUCGAUCAGCAUUUGCGAGUGGACACUCACAGAUCCGACGGCUCGAAUGAUCAGCAAGUUGUACAGUUAUCAGAGCACAAAAAUCGUUCUUCUCUUCCUUGUCACUGUCUGUUUGAUACGCUUGACCAUUCGGCAGGACACUGAGAAACGGAAAUCGUUGCGAUCGUUUGUCCCAUAUUAUUUGUUGACAGUAGGUUUUUCUCUUUAGAGUAUACAUAAUUUAGCAGGCUUUUCCCUUUCCCCUUGUUUACAAAAGUGACAAAACAAUCGUUUUUUCUCAGUUCCUCAGCGUCAUCCUCUUCCUGGUGAUUCCCCGUUUCGCCUUCACUCAUGCCGUUUCCACAAACACUGAUAAUGACGAGUUGUUGAGUGUCCUGAAGUCGUUACUUUUCAUUACCCCCGUCUUCAACAUGAUCUUUGUGGUGAUGGUGAACUGUCAGGACCCGGAUAGACGCGAGGAUAUGAAAAAGUCGUUUGGUGAGCGGAGCCUGUCGUUCAAAGUGACCGAGAGCUUUAGAAAGAUCUCUUCGAAGUAUAAAAACUGGUCCGUUGCCACGUAUAAAUGUGCAAGAGCCAACUACAAGUGA